ACUGCGCUCCCAGCGAGUGUGCCGGUUGUGUUUUGCGUGCUCGUUCGGUGUUCAGCUAUGCCCGAGCCGGCUAAGUCCGCACCCGCCCCGAAGAAGGGCUCUAAGAAGGCGGUCACCAAGACCCAGAAGAAGGGUGAUAAGAAAAGACGAAAGAGCCGCAAGGAGAGCUACUCGAUCUACGUGUACAAGGUGCUGAAGCAGGUGCACCCCGACACGGGCAUCUCGUCCAAGGCCAUGGGCAUCAUGAACUCGUUCGUCAACGACAUCUUCGAGCGCAUCGCCGGCGAGGCGUCGCGCCUGGCGCACUACAACAAGCGCUCGACCAUCACGUCGCGGGAGAUCCAGACGGCCGUGCGGCUGCUGCUGCCCGGCGAGCUGGCCAAGCACGCGGUCUCCGAGGGCACCAAGGCGGUCACCAAGUACACCAGCUCCAAGUAGGGCGGUCCUCACUCUCACUUUGAACCCAAAGGCUCUUUUCAGAGCCACCCACACUUUCCAUGGAAGAGCUAAAGCACUUGGUGGUGAUAUUUUGUAGUUUUUGUGUGUUCAAAUAAGCAAGAUAAGCAGAAGUAAGGUGUUAUAAAGCUGUUAAGUGUUAGCUGUUUGAAAGUACCUGCUAGCUAUAUACAAUGUCACAGCAUCUUCUGGGAAUCACGUUUAUCAAGGAUCAUUAAAUACGUCUUUAGAGUCUUAA